AUGACUCCUGUUCCACAAUUUCCGUUGUACAGUGCUACGCUCUCCGAAUAUGGCGCUUAUGAAAUCGAAUACUAUCUCGAUGAAGAUAACAAUUGGGCAUUGAAUACGGAAGAAUUGGAAAGAGCAUUGAAUAAGGAGAAAGACAAUUGUAUACCACGUUGUAUUGUUGUUAUCAAUCCUGGAAAUCCCACAGUAUCGUUUCACUCAGCAUCCAAAGGCUGGUAUGGAGAAUGUGGAUCGCGUGGUGGUUACUAUGAAUUGAUCAAUGUCGAUAAGGAUGUGCGUAUGCAAUUGAACAAGCUCAUAUCUCCUGUAUGUUCAACGUCAUGGGGUCAAGCGAUAAUGGAUGCCAUUGUCAAUCCACCAGAAGAAGGCAAACCAUCAUAUAAACUCUACGAACAAGAGCGCACCGAUGUUUUAAAUCAACUUAGAGAAAAAGCUAGUCUGGUCAAUGAUCUAUUCAAUUCCAUCGAUGGUGUUCACUGCAAUACUAUUAUGGGGUCAGACACAAUGAUAUGA